CACCAUUUGUCACUGUCAUGUUUGAUAAAUAAAAAUAACGACGAUGAAAUAAUUUAAAGAUAAAAAAUUACAACAACCCAAGCAAACCUAAAACCAUGUUUAAAUAUAGACUAUUUGCUGUAUUAAGAGCAAUAAGAAGAAUUCCAUCUAACGUUUUCAUUUCUCAAAUCCGUAAAUACACCCCUACAACUUUAGGUUUGCUUGGAACAACAGUAUAUUGUGCCGAAAACCACGAUGGGUUUAGCAAUGGUUUAUAUGAUGGGUCCUUAGAACACGAAUUUCUAAUACGACAAGCCACGACUGUAAAUGUUAACGCAGCUACGCAACUUCUUACGGUUACCCUUGUUGCCAUUCAAGAUACGAGUGAGAGGUUACGGGAUGCUCUAUCAAAAGAGAUAUGUCUAGUGCAACAAGCUAUGGAGUGGGGGGAAGUAACUCCCCCAGAGCAUUGGGACCAGCUGGUCGCUGUGCGUGGCACUCUCUGUGACUUGAGACACAAUUUGAGAACACUUUAUAGUUACAUGGACUAUGCAGAAAAGAUUGCAACAGUAGCAGCUGAAAUAUCAUACCUUUCAGGAAACAAUGCAGCCUCCGAUGCCAUUUGUGAAAGAAUAGAGCAAGCUCUCAGGUCUUGCAACAUCCAAAAGCAGUUAAAUCAAGUGCUUCAGGAAGAGAGCUUAGAAUUACAACAGAAGGCAAUCAUCAGUUCACCACAGCUUGAAGAUAAAUUGGUAAAGGAUGACGCCAUAGACAAAGACACACCGACAAUAGAUGACACCAUAGACAAAGAGAAAUUGAUACCAGAAGACGUGAUAGACAAAGACACAGAUAAUAAGUUAUGAAAGUUUCUAUAUCUUAACACAUUGCAUGCCACUGACUACUGGCAAAAGGCUUUCUUUUAAAGUGAACUUGCAGGGCGAGUUGGUGGCAUUCAAUGUGUUAAUGCUACAUCAAAUAGGGGGAUCUUAGGUAUCUAAUUGCAUUGGUAAGUUUAUUUUACAUUUCUACGGGUACAUUGUAUUUAGAAACAGAAAUAUUUCUAUUAUUUUCAUAUUAUGUCCAAAAUUUAGUUUUGUAUGACUACAAUACUCCUAAGACCGAAAUGAGUUUUUAAAAU